UGUCGUUCCUGGUACCUCAACACACAUGAAUGUCGCACAUUACCUGCAAAAAAUAAACUGCAAUCAAAGAAUACCUCUCAUAGCUGUCAUUUUUAUUAUACUAUAUUCUGGGGUGGGAACCCUAUGUACAGCUGAGAAAACCCGGUGUGAACAAAUUUGUUCUACAUAUUACAUUUCCCUGAUUUGGAACGCACCAGGACCACCAAAAAUGGCUGACAACACCCUAUCCUUUGCGGAUAACGAGAUUUCAACCGUUCUGGCGCAAGUCACCUCAUCCAGUGAUUUUCUCCAGACACCGGCAGUAGAACUGCAAGAAAGAGAUCUUGAACGUGAGACCAAGAAGCUGCAAAACUUUGAACUACAUAGUGUCACGCUGGCCGAGUACCUCAAAACCAAGAUGAUCCCUAGGGGACUACGGAUACGGACACGUCCGACGUUCUUCAAGGACAAUCCAGAAUAUUGUACCAAAUUCGAACAGAUUCUCAAUAAGUGUUCGAUAGAUAUCAUGACGCUGACCCUGAUGUACAUCCAUUCAGCUAUGACGGAACUAAAAAUCAAGAUUCGAGCUAUAGAAUCACAACUGCUUGACCUCCUAUCUAAAGAUGAAUACAAUAGUCUACAAGAAAAGGUAGCCACUAUCCUCCUGGAAAGACGAAAAGAAAUCGAAUUCAAUAAGAAAAAGAAAUUUCUGAGAGAUACAGAAGACUACAAGAGCAAUAGAAUCUACCACUGGCCCGAUUCCACCGGAUUUAGUCCGAGGAGAAGUGGAAGAGCAUCCUCCAUGGACUCACAGAGAUCAGCUUCAAGCCAGGAUUCUCGUCAUUCUGAUGAACAACGCAGACCGAAGAAUACCCGUAGACCACCUAGAACUGGGACAUCACAACAGCAAACGUCAUCCAUCACUACCAGAUCCCAGCUACCGUAUGAUUCAAUUAUCACACAUUCUACACAAUUGUCACCAUCAUCAGAGUCACUGGUGAUUAAUAUCUCCUCGACUCCCCUCAGCCCAUCAGAACUGACUUUAUUACAAAGAGGACUAUAUUUCUGCCCCUCAUACGGUCUAAACAGUUUUGAACUGGAACUUGAUUUACUGCGUUUCUUCAGAAAUAUUCGCCUUCGAGCACAUUUCGAAGAUGAAAACAGGGAAGUACAUCCCACUCCUGAGAAGGAAGGAUCGCUUAUAUCAUCUCGGGACUUAGGCUUACGUACUAAAAGUACAUACAUGCCCCCACGUAAUCAACCAGCUGUGGAAACUUUUAUUAAAUUGGUACAAAGAGACACUGACACUUUCAUAAAAGGAGUCAGAGAGGGCCAAUACAAAUAUACGAAUAACCUUACAAACACAGAAAGAGUAUCUUUAGAUGCACUGAAACGGGCUAAAAAGGUGAUUUUGAAACCUGCAGAUAAAGGGGGAGCCCUGGUCGUGAUGGACAAAACACAAUACGUGGCAGAAGUACACCGCCAACUUAACGACACAGCAGUCUAUAAAAAGUUAGACCACAACCCCACGUCAUCUAUAGCCACCCUAAUCAAUAAUACCUUAAGACACUAUCACACGAAGGGUACUAUUGAUACUCAAACUGUCAAUUUUCUAACCAAAGCCUUCCCCAUCAUACCAGUCUUCUACGUACUACCUAAAAUUCAUAAAGAUCUCCAUCAUCCCCCUGGCCGACCAAUAGUUGCAUCCACUGAAUCCAUAUUAUCCCCUCUAUCUAUCUUUCUUGAAAAGAUCCUCACCCCUCAUGUUAAACAUACUACAUCUUUCCUUUUGGACACUACUUCAUUCCUCAAAGUAAUCAGACAAUUGGAUCCAUUACCAUCUAACACGUUUCUAGUUACCUGGGAUGUCACGAGUUUAUAUACUUCUAUCAAAUACGAAAAGGGCAUGGAUGCAGUUAAGACGAUGUUGACCAAUACCGAUUUACAUAAAGAUAUAAUUUCACUAUGCCUUGAUCUUCUCCAACUAGUGCUUCACCACAACUUCUUUAUGUUCCAGGACACAUUUUAUUUACAGGUACAGGGUACCGCUAUGGGGUCAAACGUGGCCCCGCCUUAUGCAAAUUGCUUUAUGGCACAUUUUGAGACCAUUUAUGUAUACCCAUCAGACCUCUUCAUAACACACUGCAAGCUAUGGAAAAGAUACAUAGACGACAUCUUCUGCAUCUGGACUGGAACAGCAGAAUCUCUCCUAACAUUUCACAAUCACUUGAAUUCCAUAUGGCCAGAGCUCCAGUUCACCAUCCACUAUAACAACUCAUCAAUAGCCUACCUGGACACAGUUGUUACCAUAAAUUCCCAGGGUAAACUCAAAACUGACUUAUAUCGCAAAGACACUGACCGUAACAGCUUACUUCAUUUCUCCAGUUUCCAUCCACCCAUGACAAAAAAAUCCUUACCAUGUUCACAACUAAAAAGAAUCCAAACCAUAGUAGAUGAUCCCGUCACACUAACAAAAAGGGCGGAUGAAAUGAAACAGAGGUUUAGGACCAGGGGUUACCCAGAACAUACCCUCAAGACGAAUAUCAGCAAUAAGAAUCCAAGAAAUAAUAAGAAAAGAAUCCCAUUUGUCCACACCUUUCAUCCCAGCACUAACAAAGUUUUGCACAUCAUCCGCAACCACUGGCCAAUUUUGAAGAAAGCAUAUCCUAAAAUAGAGGAAUUCCACAACCCAAUACUCUCAUGCAAUCGCCGUCCCCGCAAUCUGCAAGAUAACUUGGUAAGGGCGGAUCUGGGUUCCGAGACACGCUUACCUAGACAGAUCUUUUUGCAGACCCAAAGGAAAGGUACAUUUCCAUGCCUCACAUGUUCCCAAUGUUCUAAUGUGCAGAAAGGCUCCCAGUUUACACACCCCCAAACGGACAAAACGUUUCAUAUAAAUGGUUUUUUCACUUGUGACACAGACUUUGUCGUCUACCUUAUAAAAUGUCCUUGCAGAAUGGCUUAUGUAGGAGAAACCACUCAAAAAGCACGCGACAGGAUUUGUCAACACAAAUCAACAAUUCGAAGGAAAAAUCUACUGCUACCAGUCCCGGCGCAUUUUGAUAAACACAAACACUCUAUAUCCCAAUUAAAAUACCAAAUAAUAGAACAGGUACCUUCACCCCGCAGAGGGGGUAAUAGGAUCAAAAAUCUUAAACUCAGAGAAGCUUAUUGGAUCCAUACACUGCAGACCCUCCAUCCAAAAGGAAUGAACAAAGAAUAUGAAAUCCAAUGUCUAUUAUAAUAUAGUAAUGAAUAAAUGUCCAAUAAUCAUAUUAACUCAUUUUUCUCUUUUUUUCUGACAGGCUUCCUGAUCCCCACCUCUUGGACCACAUGCCGCCUACUGAAUCAUCGCGACGUCAUAUAUAUUCUACGUUGUAUACCAGCAUAACAUUAUGUAGUUACAGAAUUGAAACUCCAUAACAGGCUGAUUUCUCAUUAAUUAUCUGCUGGCCAUUUUUACUUUAUUAUUUGUUACUUUAUUUUUCUUUAUUUUAUUGGUUUGUUCAUUUUUUCUUUUUUGCUUCCUUGAUUUAUUGUCGCCAAUGGUGUAUUACUUGAAUUAAUGUACAUAACCUUGUGUAUAUACAUGACACUAUUAUUCUGUAUUCCAUAGUGUCUGAUGAAGGCUAAUAUAUAGCCGAAAACGCGUUCACACAUGAAUGUCGCACAUUACCUGCAAAAAAUAAACUGCAAUCAAAGAAUACCUCUCAUA